AUGGACAUAACACUGCUGUCAUCAUUGGUUCGUGCCAUAAACCACUCAUCAAACGAUGUGAAAAGGUUGUCUGCACUCGGAGUUCAUCAUGUUGCUGUCAAGCAGUUAUCACCGAUCGAAAUGAAGACUGUUAUACCGAUGAUGGUGAAUGGAACGAAGGAGAAGAAUACGGCUGUUCGUGUUGCGUGUGAGCAUGCGCUUAUUGAUGCGUUGAAAUUGCGUGUGAGCAAUUCGAAUGUUUACGAUGAAUAUCUGUCAACAUUGGAGGGUGCUGCUCGUGAUGUUUUGGCUGAAACACAUCGACAGUUGGUGAAAUCGAUUAAACAACAGCCGUCAGAUCCUUCAAUGAAUGUUCAAGAAAUCUCUGAUAUUGUCUGUGUUCCUUGA